GCUAAUUAAAAUAUCCCAAUGAAUCUUCCAAAGUCUAAAUUAUUAUAUGUAUCUAACAAUUUUACUAUUAUUAAUAAGUAAUCAAGUUUUUUAACUGUUAAUAGUAAUGGGCUUUUGCCUUGAAUAUUACUAAAAUUAAGCUAAUUUCUAAAAAUGUGACCAUUUGUACAUUUGGACAAAAAUAUGACUAAAAUGGUUAUAUAUUUGGAAAAGUUAAAGUGACUAUCAAAUGUCCAUGUUGUUGCCCAAUUUCAUGUCACUAUCAUAUGUCAAAUCAUUGCGACCAUGUCCCGUGUCACAGCGGCCGCUGGUCACCGCCAAUCACCUCCAUCGACCAUAGUGAAACCGCCGUCGGCCACAGUGACACCGGCCACCGUGACAUUGGCCAAAGUGACACCGGUACAGCCGGUCAGUGAUAUAGGUCAUAGUUUUCAACCAAAUCUGCUCACCGCCAGCAUCGCCAUCCCGCCGGCACCGCCACCCACCAGCACUGGAACCCAGCACCCCAACCCCAACACCCCUUCCCUUGUUCACAGUCAAGCUUCGACCAGUCCCAAUCUAGCCCAGACCAGACCCAACAGCCCUGAUCUAGACACCCCAACCCCAACACCCCUCCCCUGUCCACAGCCCAGCUCCGACUAGGCCCAGUCUAACCCAGACCAGACCCAACAACUCCGAUCUAGCCCCAACAAUCUACCCUACAACCGCUGCACCACACCUACACUCCGUCCCCAUCUCCUAGCCGCCUGUCGUUAGUCAGAUAAUGUCGCAGUCUCGAAGCCUUAACCACACCGCCGCAUCGCCACCAUAGUCGCAAAAUCCAAGUACAUCGCGACUGGACAAAAGGAGUAGAAGAAGAGAUGAUAGGUCUCGACGCGGAUGGAGGCAAUGUAGGUGUCUUCGUCAGCGAUGGAGACAUGCGACUGAGAGCAGCUGUGAGAGAAGUAGGCGUGGAAAUGAAGUGGAGAUGUGAGAGAAGCAGGCGUGAAGUGAAGCGGAUGGGAGAGAUGCAGAGACGCG